AUGGAAGUGCUGAAACUGCAGGUUCACCUUUGGAUUCCUACACUCUUGCAGACGCAACACGGAAGUGAGGUGCAGGACAUUUUCUCUGCUGGGAGUGAGGCAUCAGCAGCAACCAUCGAAUGGGCGAUUUCUGAAAUGAUUCGAAACCCACAAAUAAUGAAAAGAGCACAAGAUGAGGUAAGAAAUCACUUUGACAACAAAGGAAAUGUUGAUGAAUCACGCCUUCAUGAGCUCAAAUACUUGCAUGCAAUCAUUAAGGAGACCUUCAGGCUACAACCAAGUGUUCCACUCUUAUUGCCAAGAGAAUGUGCUGAACAAUGCGACAUCAAUGGUUUUCAAGUGCCAGCGAAGGCAAGAAUCAUCGUUAAUGCAUGGGCAAUUGGCAGAGAUCCCAAUUACUGGAGUGAAGCUGAGAAAUUUAACCCUUCACGAUUUCUUGAUUCGAAAAUUGAUUUUAAAGGGGAUGAUUAUGAAUACAUCCCAUUCGGAGCUGGAAGAAGAAUUUGCCCAGGCAUAUCAUUUUCUCAGGCAUCUAUUGAGCUGACACUUGCACAAUUAUUAUUCCAUUUUGAUUGGAAGCUCCCUGGUGAUCUAAAACAAGAGGAAUUAAACAUGGCUGCAAGAUUUGGCGUGACAAUGAGGCGGAAAAAUGAUCUGCUUUUGAUUCCAAUUCCUUACAGUCGUUCUUGCUUGAGGAUGAACAAUUUCAACCUGUAG